AUGGACGCCAGAUCUUACGAAGGUCCCAUGGACUGGGAAUACCAGGACAAAGGCCCUCUGGACCCCACCAGUCCUUUUGCACAAGCUGCCAACAAUGCGCAGAGAAAUACUCUUGGUUCACCGUUCAAAACAGCUCGACCUCCGAAUCCUUUUGCACAUCUCCAGUCGCCAUCAAAAUCUCAAUCGCAUCCUCCCCAAACCUCUCGAUUUACGCCGCAGCUGUCGUCAAGAAAUACCGCUCCACCUUUUAGAAAUCCAGCGUUUACGACUCCCAGAAAGCCCCUUGAUGAAGUUGUCUUCUCUGAGGCAUCAGGUGCCGAAGACAGCCCAGCCCCAACGGAGGCGUCCGACUACCCAAACGACACACCCGACAUUGACCGCAAAUCCAACAUCUCCACGAGCGCAACCGUUACUCCUCUCAAGGUUGACAAGUCCUGUCGAUAUGGAAAGUCAAGUUCCCGGAAGCAUUUGUCCGGCAAAGGAGAGAUUCGAUCGCAUCGUGACCCCAACGUUACAAUGCGCAAAAGGAAGCGACACAAUUCAGAUAAGGAUGUCGGAAGCAUUUCUCGACAGGGCGGAUACGAAGCCGAUUCCUGGGACUCUGACUCAGACGCUAGCGACGGAUCGCAAAGGCCCAGGAGCCGGUCAAAGGGGAAACAGAGGGGAUAUUUCGAGUCGCUUUUCUACGCCUUGAACAAGUACCCCAACACGCCAGACCACAUGCGGAGAUGGAUGCAGCUUGGAGCCAACGUUUUUCUCGUGUCCAUCUUAACGUAUGUCUGCUGGUCGGUCGUCAGUACGAUUCGUACGGAUAUUUUUACAGCCAACAUGGCCGAGCACCAGAGGAUAGUUGCGGAAUCGGAAUCUUGCCGCAAAGAUUACAACAUCAACAAUUGCGCCAACAAUAAUGCACCGGCUUUGAAUAAACAAUGCAGCGAGUGGUACGAUUGCAUGAUUCAAGAUCCAGACGCCAUCAUGAGGGUCAAGGUUACGGCCAAGCAAGUAGCCGAAAUUAUCAAUGAGUUUACUGAAACGAUGCAUCUCAAGGCUUGGGGCGUCAUCCUGGCAAUCAUAUUGAUUUGCUCUACAGUCAACUUUGGCACAUUCAGUCGUGCACAUGGUCACCACGAUAUCCGUCCAACACCAUCACAACCAGUAGGGGAUGCACACGAUCAAGCCAGGCCUCCUGGUAUUACACCGGGAUAUAUGCUAGUUCCAGUACAGACUCCCAGAAUGCAACGGCAGGCGUUACUGGAUGAAGGUACGGACACGGACAAUUCUCCGGUCAACCUGAAGUCAUAUUAUACGCCUGCUGGACGCCGAAGUCCUAGCAAAGGGGACAGGCAAUUAAGUCCGAUAAAGUAUGGACGCAGCCCCAGCAAGGGAUAUUAG